UCUGAAUGAUCUAUAGGGCGGGAGAGUUUACAUCAUCCAUCUUUCACGCACGCCCCUAAACGUUGCCACAUUGUUUGUGUGUAUAUUGAGAUUCAGGAAACCAAGCUUUUUCUUUUUCUUUAAACCUCAAGGACUUUCUCUGGAAGAAUGAUGUGAUGACACAUGACGAGCCAUAAAUGAGACUCAUGAAGUGAUCCUGAUUUCGUCAUCUGGCACCACCCCCUCAUCAUUCUUCCCUUCUCCGUCCUUUUUUUGCUUCUCUGUCCUUUACAGAUUGCAUUCAGAGUGAAGUCAUGGCUAAAGAAGUAGACACUGUUUCCACCAACUCCAUGCGUCUGAAGCAGGAGAUCUCGCUGUUACAUGGAGUUUGUCUCAUUGUGGGCAAUAUGAUUGGGUCAGGGAUUUUCGUAUCACCAAAGGGUGUGCUGCAGUACACUGGCUCCUACGGCUUCUCGUUGGUGGUUUGGGCCAUCGGUGGCAUCUUCUCUGUAUUUGGAGCCCUCUGUUAUGCUGAGCUCGGCACCACGAUACGCAAAUCAGGUGCCAGCUAUGCCUACAUCCUGGAAGCAUUUGGUGGCUUCCUGGCAUUUAUUCGGCUGUGGACCUCAUUGUUGAUUGUGGAGCCAGCAUGCCAGGCGGUCAUUGCUCUUACUUUUUCCACUUACCUCGUGCAGCCGUUCUAUCCAACCUGCCUAGCUCCUUAUAAUGCCGUCCGACUUAUUGCAGCGCUCAUCAUCGCUCUGCUGACCUUUGUGAACUGUAUGAAGGUGAAAUGGGGGGCCAUCCUGCAGGUCAUCUCCACGGUUGCAAAAGUGAUGGCUCUAAUUGUUAUCAUCAUUGCUGGUUUGAUCAUCCUGGCCCAAGGUAAGACAAAGAAUUUUGAAGACUCAUUUAAGGACUCUAAUCUGAAUCCUGGAGACAUGGCUCUCGCUCUGUAUGCUGCACUGUAUUCAUACUCUGGCUGGGACACUCUGAACUUCAUUACUGAGGAGAUCAAAAACCCAGAAAGAAACUUACCCCUGUCUAUAGCCAUCUCUAUGCCCAUUGUCACGGUUAUCUACCUCAUGACCAACGUGGCCUAUUACGCAGUCUUGGAUGCAGAGACAGUGCUGCAGAGUGAAGCAGUGGCUGUGACGUUUGCUGACAGUGUCCUUGGCUAUGCACGCUGGCUGAUUCCACUUUCUGUGGCCAUCUCCUGCUACGGUGGUCUCAACUCCUCCAUCAUUGCUGCCUCCAGGUUAUUCUUUGUUGGAUCUAGGGAGGGUCAUUUGCCCAAUGUCCUUUCCAUGAUCCAUGUAAAGCGUUACACACCAAUCCCAGCUUUGCUGUUUAAUGGUGGCAUGAGCUUGCUUUACCUGUUUGUUCGAGAUGUUUUCCAGCUAAUUAAUUAUUUUAGCUUUAAUUACUGGCUGUUCAUUGGCCUGUCCAUUGCAAGUCAGAUCUACCUGCGCAUAAAGGCUCCUGAUAUGCCUCGACCAAUAAAACUUAGCCUGUUCUUUCCUAUAGUGUACUGCUUGUGUAGCGUGUUUCUGGUGGUCGUGCCGCUCUACAGUGACACUAUAAACUCUCUGGUGGGCAUUGGGGUGGCUCUCUCUGGAGCUCCAUUCUACUUCCUCUUUGUGCACCUGCCUUCCAGCUCCAGGCCUGCUAUCUUGAGUAAAAUGUUUGAUAAGAUCUCACUGUUUACUCAGAAGUUGUGUUUCUGCUGUUUAGCGGAUCCAGACCUAGACCUCGACAAUCCAACCGAAACGGGCAAAUCAGAAUGAUCAGGACCUGAAAACAGAAACUGAAAGCUUUCCAUUUGUACUCCAGCAAAAUCAAGAGACCAACAUUUGGGAAAUUUUAACCAGAACUGCAUUUUUAUACAUUUUUAUUUUUAUUGUUAUUAUCUUUGUAUUUAAUAUAUUUUGUUUAUAUAAUGCAAGUCUGGAUAUUUUAAGACAGUUUCACAAAGUAUAAGGUGUUUAUAGAAGUUAUUACGGAGACCAUGUUGAUGUCCAGUUUUUAUGUGUAAAAUGAUUUAGCUGUAGCAUUUUUUUCUAUGCCUUUUUUGUCUAUUUUGCUACAGUGAUCAGACAGAGACUUUAAGAUGAGCUGCAUACCCCCCACCCCCCUUUUUCCUCUCUUCCUUCCCCUUAGAUAAAAGGAAUGUCACUGGGAUGUUAGCGACAGGUACUUUGGGUGCUGUGAGUCUUGAAUGCCCUUGAUCCUGUCAGCAGUUUACUAAUGUAUAUUUAAAAAACAUAUCAGUUCAUCUGGCAGUAGUGUUGGUGUUUUGGCUGAUGCAUGUAUGGCUUGUGUUUGUGUGUUUCUUUUUUUGAAAAACAGCAAAGGAAACAUUAUGGUGAGACUGGAUAGGAUCGUUUCCCCCUUAUACAGACUUUUUUUUUUUUUUUUUUAAGUUUCAUUGUGGCCUCAUAUACCAAUAUAGAUUAUGGCUCACAACUUGAAGCUUAUUUCAAUAUUUGUCAAUGUUUUAUUACAUGUUUUAUUGCACACGUUAAAUGUUUUUAGGUGUGUAGAUCAUACUUUUUCUUUUUUUUUAACAUUCAGUUACUUUUGAACUUAUGCACACAAUGGGCAAUUAGUUAUUUUUAUAGCAGUUUAGGAUUUUUUUUUUUUUUUUUCAGAUGUUCAGGUUUCAUGCCGGAAUCAUUUCCCACUCUAAGUGUCUAUUGGAUAAAGCACAGAAAUUGUGUCUUACAGUUAUUUUUUUCCUAAGCUGCUUUCAAAGACAAGGACAGGAAUAAGCAGAGUUUAUGUCCAGGCCGGGAAAAUGCACAUAGAUACAUGAAGUUAGGAAAACUAGAAAUAUCUAAUGCAAUAUUUUAAGUCAUAGAUUCUGUAAGUGAAUUUUACCACAUUAUGAUAAUUAUAGAAAGUCACUGUAUUGCACAAGGAUACAUUAAUAGCUCUUGUGCUGAUUUCAGGACAAAGCAGUCUAGUCUCAGGCUAAAUCACAAGCUGUUUUAUUGGUUGCACUUGAAAUUAAUGUACUUAGCCAAAGCUGAAGACUAGGGUUCUGUUCUUAAAAAAAAACAGGUUUCGUUACGAUCUAUUGCAUAAUAUAAUAGGACAUAGGGUUUUGUGAUUAUUAAAGGUGGGGUGGCUUUUUUUUUCAACCUUAAUCUAUGUUUUAUUCUGUUUAACCUCCAAACACACUUGAACCAAAUAAUUGUAAAUUCAGAGGUUUUAUGAAAUGUUACUGGUUUACUUUGUUGUUUGUUCAGUUUUUAGUACAGACCUCAGCAAAUUAGAUUUUCCUCAUUUUAACAUCAUAGGAAUAUUUUUAAUUUCAGGAGACAUUAGGGAGAGAUGUCCUGUUUUACAUGUGUUUUCACGUGUAUUUUAUUCAUGUAUGUUUGUAAUGUUGUUACAUUGUUACAGAAUAUAUAUGUAUAUUGUAUACAUGUGUGAAGUAACAUUGUUUUGUUUACAGUACAAAUGCUUAAGGUUCUUGAAAAAUGGACAGGUGGGUGUGGGUGUUUCAAGUAUUACCUCUGUAUGCUUGUCUUGUUUAUAAGAAUUUAGCAUCUAUGCAUUGAGUUGUUGCUCCCUGUAUCCUUCUAUGCCUGAUUUUUCUUUUGUUGCACCAAAUAAAAAGGUGGUGUUAUAAAAUAAAGUAAAAAAAUAAACAAUAAUGCAACUGUGUGCAAUGAACAGGAUCAAA